UCUUCCAAUCUCCCUCCUCCAACCCCACUCCUGCCUCAUCAAAUACUUAAAACCUUCCGACACAAUCAUGAUUAUCACUACCCACUUUCCAUACUCUGCAUAUAUGAUUUUUUUUUUUCUACACAUCUCCCUUAAGCAAUGCAAGGCUCCAGGGUACUGAAGAAGCAAAGGCUUCAAAUCAAAGGGUGCAGGGCCUUGUGUUGCAGUUGCAGACUAAGCGUUUCUUCUUCCUCCGAGGAAUCCGAGAGCUCCAGCUCCGAAAGGUUCGCUACGAUCUCGAGCCUAGCGCAUGCCAUGGUUCAGGAGAGACUGGACCAGAUGAUCAGAGAGAGGCACGAGGCGAGACAAGAGGAGAGGAGGCGAGCGAGAGGGGAGAACAGUGGUACCAAGUUCAUCGUGAUGCUGGCCAUGGAGAAGUCCUCUUACGAUCCGAGAGAGGAUUUCAGGGAGUCCAUCGUGGAGAUGAUAACGGCAAACAAGAUUUACGAGCCAAAGGAUUUACGCCGCCUCUUGAAUUGUUACGUUUCCAUGAAUUCAGAGGAAUAUCGAGGGACCAUACUCGAGGUAUUCCAUGAGGUCUGUACUGAUCUGUUUUCAUAUUGUAAAUGACAUUCUUUUUCUACUAGCUGAUUAGUCCUGUUCAGUGAACAUGGGAAAAAACAUUUAUUCUAAGUGCAAGGCUAAAGUUAGUGUUCCA